UGACGUUGCAUAGAAGGUUGGCCCACAUCUUAAUCGAAGGAGUGACAUCUGACAUUUUUCUUGGUGCCUCCUGCAGACUCGUUUGAAAUUUCAUUUAUCAGUGCCGUGUACAGUACAGUGAGUCCAGUUUAUACAGAAACUAGUGGCUCGUGGUGUUUGUAUGAAUGAGCAUUCUUCAGAUGUGCUGGUAAAACGGGUAUCUUGCAGCAUCUGCUAACAGCAGUUAGCUUAGCGAGCUAACCGGCAGGUUGAUGAUGAAGGAGUUAGGGGACUAGUUUCUUUAAAAGUGAUUAGAUGUUAUCGAUAUUUGGAACAGGUGAUAUGGUAGUGAAAAUAUAAUGAGGACGGAUACAGUCUGCUCAAGUAUUUGGCUGUAAAAUAAACUAAUGUUUACAUCAAGUUACAUUAACGUUUACCUUUAGCUUGAGGUCGAGCUAACUACCUCGGGAAGGACAGGUUCCUCGAACCAGGUGUUUAGGGGAACCAGGAAAUGGCCGGUAAUCCCGUAGUAGGGUUGUCCUGCGAGGCAAAUGGAGAAGAUACACCGAGACAGGUGUCUGGCCCUGGCCGAACAUAUCGCUACCAGUCCAAUUCAGAGUCCGACGCUGGCCCGACGGCAAAAAGCUUAUCACGGUUGUGCAGCAAGGACGAAGAGGAGCGGGCUACGGCUCUGGAGGACCUGAGCCAGAACGUUCUGGUGUGUUUAGGUUUGGACCGGCCACCGUCAGCACGGCUGAGUAAACAAAUGCUCCUGCAUUUGCUUCGGUUGUCCAGUUCGUGUCCCCUGCAGGAGGUACGGAUGAGAGCUACGGACCUGCUGCGGACCGCACAGGCAGAAGGGGUUGAGGUACCCCGAGCCUUGGCCUCUGGUCCAAGUGCUUUUAUUCCUGCAAAAGAGAUGCUGAUAGGAGAGACGAAUCAAGACAUCCUCAUUGAAUCUUUCCUUUCACUGGGUCGUGUGGACCAUCUCACCAUGGUCAUGGUUCUCCACCCGGCCUACCUCAGCUGUUUCUUGAGAACUCAGCAUGCUUUGCUGGAGCUGGACGGCCCCUUACCUCGUCACUGGAGACAUUACAUUUCCAUCAUGGCUGCAGCCCGUCAUCACUGCUCAUACCUGGUGCAGCAGCACAGCACAGGCUUCCUGGAGGCUGGAGGUGAGGAGAGCUGGCUGAGCAGCCUUAAGCACGCUCCCACCAAACUCUGCAGUCUACAAACACUCAACAAGCUGCUGGCACACAGACCUUGGCUCAUUACACAGCAGCACAUCCAGGAGCUGGUGUGUCCUGGUGCAGAGCCUCGCUGGUCACUGGCUGAACUGAUCCAUGCUGUGAUACUGAUGGCGCAUACUCACUCACUCUGUUCCUUUGUGUGGGGCUGCAGUCUGAACCCUGAGCCUGACCACAUUGGCGGUUACACCUUCCAGCCUCCGUCACCCUGCCACCUUCCUCGUAGCCCCCAUAGCCCUGCGCAUGAGGACGGCAGGCAAGAUCUGGCGGACGGAGCGGUGGAAGUGGAGGUGUUGAUGAAAAGGAUGGUGGAAUUGCAGCAGCAGGAGGAGGAGUACACGCAAGAGGAGAUGGUUACUCGGUUUGAAAGGGAAAGGAGUGAGAGCAUACCAACAGCGGUGGUGCGGGGAGCUCCACCUGACCUGGUGCUGUGUCUGGUGGAGGAACCAGAGUUCAGAUAUGAGGACUUUGCACCCAGAGGAGAGCAGUCACCUCCCACCAUGAGAGCACAGGACUACUCAUGGGAGGACCACGGCUUCUCUCUGGUCAACAGAUUACUGCCGGAUAUGGGCCAGCUUCUAGAUGAGAAAUUCCAGGUUGUGAGUAACCUGACCUACAACAGGAUGGCCAUGCAUGAAGGUGUGGAUACUUACACUCUGAGGAAAGCUCUGUGGAACUACAUCCACUGUCUCUACGGGAUACGCUAUGAUGACUAUGACUACGGCAGCGUGAAUGAGUUGUUGGAGCGCUCUCUGAAGGUGUUUGUUAAAACCAUGGCAUGUCACCCUGAGCAGACCACAGCACGCAUUUACCACACCUUCUGGAGGCACUUCAGACACUCUGAAAAGGUUCAUGCAAACCUAAUAGUGAUGGAAGCCCGACUACAGGCAGCCCUUCUCUACACCUUACGAGCCAUUACACACUACAUGAGAUAACACACACACAUUGUCCAAGAUGCUGAGCCAGCUGUGAUGUACCACAGUCCAAACACUCUCAUGCACACACUACAGUGAAUGUUUGCAUAUGCAUAUCGUAUGUUUCAGUGUUAGGUUUUUGAUGCUGCUUUGCGACUUGGAUGUAUUUAAAAAAAAAAAAAAAAAGAUCUAUUUUGCACUGAAGUGUAUCAUAAUUUGUUUCCCCACUUGAGCCUUGACUGUUUUUCUAAGUAUCUUGUUCAUUUCUGUCAUAUCAACAUGCUGCAUACCAGGCGGGCCAGGAGAAUAUGGUCUGGCAAUAGUAAAUCAUUGUCCGGAUUCAAGUGUUUUCAUUAUUAAAAAGUCUUUCUUUCUUUUUUUUUAACAUAUUCCUUUCAGCACACUCUAAAACUCUUCUCUGUCUGCAGCACAAAGGUGGAGUUGAAACAAAACAGAAAACUUGUAUUUUUAUAUACAAUAAAGCUACUUUGUUAUCAGG